AUGCAAGAAGGUACGUGUCGUCCGGACGAGUACGAGCAUACGACAGUCGACGUUAUGUACGUAGCUAAGAAUAUACCAGGACCGGGUAUCGAUCUUGACGAUUUUGAAUCGGAAUUUAGCAUCGGUUGUGACUGUCAGGAAAAUAAUUGUUCAAUAAAUUGUUCGUGCACGCGUGGAUUACCGAACUAUCAAGAAGGACGUUUGAACUUUAAAAAAUCAUCGGAAUUAAUAAUCGAAUGUAAUCCACGUUGUUCUUGCAACGAGAAUUGUCUUAACAAAUUGGUCCAGCAUGGUCCAUUGGAUUGUUUAGAGAUAGUACCGACUUCGGGGAAAGGUCUUGGUUUACGAACCAGAAGAAAAAUAUCGAAGAAUAGAUUCAUUUGCGAAUACGCCGGUGAAGUGAUAGGCAUUGAAGAAGCUAGGAAUCGAGCUGAAAACAACAAACGCGAUUGCCUUAUGAAUUAUGUUCUCGUAGUUACGGAACACAUUGGUUAUCGCAAAAUUAUCACCUGCAUUGAUCCCAAAUAUUUUGGCAAUAUUGGACGUUACUGCAAUCACAGCUGUCGACCCAAUGCUGCACUCGUCCCGGUUAGGGUGGAGUCAAACUUUCCGAGACUCUGUCUCUUCGCUAUAAGAGACAUCGACAUCGAUGAAGAGAUAACAUUUGAUUAUUCUGGUGGUUUGGAUAAAUCUUCGGACAAUGCCAGUGAUACACCUUGCCAUUGUGGUGCUGAUUGUUGUCUUGGUUUUUUGCCGAAUUUUCCAAUUUAGCAGUCCAAACGGACCUUCCUUUUUAUUUACUUUUUUUUUCUUACAGUAUUUUUUUUUUUCGUUAUAAUUAUAUUUUUUUCCCAAUCGACUCCUUUUCCGGCAAUGCCCGUUCAAACACCGCAUAAUGAACGGGGCAGAUACACAUUGAGAAAAUAGACACGAAAAAUGCUCCUUCGUAAUGGACAAAAUUUUCAGAAGGAUUCGAUUUUAAAUCGUCGCAAAUCGAAACUUUCAUCAAAGCACGUCGUCAUCCCCGUGCAUGUACAUAUUAUACAAUUUCUUUGUACCAAUACUCGAAUCGUUAGAAAAACAACGAACACACACGAAACAGCGAUUUUUAAAAUUAGUUCGUACCAUUUUAUCAACCGACGUGUUUUACACGAGCGUUGAACGCUUCGUGAAAUCAUUGAUACUCUACGAAAUAAUUGGUUACAUUCGGAAUCUAUGGAAAUUGUUAAUUGUCGAUGAAAAAAUAAAGUGUAUAUUGUUGAGUACGAAUUCACUUGUCAAACCCGUAUGAAAUGGUUUUCAAAACUUCGACCAUUGCCGAUUUUUUUCUGAAACAAUAAAAUAUAUGCAAGUUAUUUUUA